AUGAAAUGCUUCGAUAAUCUUUGGCAAAAGCUCACUCAUACAAAAGCUCUAGAGUUGUCCAGUGGACGAUUUGAAACGUUUUACUUUGAGUCCGUCUAUCGUGUCACGUAUUUAGCAGGUUUAUCAUUCUUUCAUGAAAAACCAUUAUACUCCAUAUACAGUACAACAGUUAAACUAUUUUUGUUUCUGUUAUGCGUGAGUGAAUUAUGGCAUUUCCUGACAUCGCAAUGGACUAUAGACACUAUUAUUGAUAGUGUCAACAUCACUAUUAUUCAACUAAGUGCAUUUUAUAAGUAUACUAAAAAGUUGGCUAACGAGAGUGUGUUUAGACGGCUAGCGUCGACCAUGAAUUCUCCAAACUUCGAUUUAUCAACUGAUGAAAGAAAGAAAAUAUUCGAAAUGUGGCAAAGAAGAAAUGAGGGUCACGUCAAACUUAUUUUAGGUCUUGGUACAUGUACUAUUAUUGCCUGGUACAUCUACCCUCUUGUUGACGACUUGAAAUACAACCUGAGCGCAUCCAUCCGUCUGCCCUUCGUCUAUCAAACCCCAAUCCUCUAUCCGAUAACCUACAUCGUAGUUAUAAUUGUUUUCUCCUACAUUUCCUAUUUUGUGAUGAUCAAUGAUCUUAUAAUACAAGCGCACUUGAUGUUUUUGCUAUGUCAAUACUCGGUAUUAAGUGAUUGCUUCAGACAUAUCCUGAGGGAUUGCAAACAGGAUUUUAAAGGUAUGGAUGACUCCCAGCUGUAUUCAAACUUAAAAUUUAGACAAAAGUACAAAAACCGUUUGGGAAGUUUGACACAACAGCAUAAGUUUAUUCUCAACAACACAUCAGACCUGCGAGAUAUAUUGAGUGCGCCAAUGUUAGCUCAACUGGCUGUCAGCACUACUCUUAUUUGUUCAAUCGGUUAUCAGCUCGUGGCUACGUCGAUGAAUGUAAACAUAACGAAGUGGCUGAUGAGUUUGCUGUAUCUGGGAUAUAAUAUGUUUGGUCUGUACAUACUCUGUCGCUGGUGUGAGGAAGUCAAAAUUCAGAGUAUCGCUGUUGGGGAGGCUGUAUACUUCUCUGGGUGGGAGCGUGGUAUAACGCAGGUGCCAGGCGUUCGUUCUAGUAUCCUUUUAAUCCUGGCCCGCUGUAACAAGCCUCUGGUGUUAUCGGCUGGUGGCAUGUAUGACCUAUCACUUGAGGCGUAUGCUACUAUGAUCAAGACAUCAUACAGCGCACUUACUGUGUUACUAAGAUUCCGGCAAUCUUAA